AUGAUGGAACAGAUCAGCGCCAAUGUUCAGGACGAGGGGAUCAAGAACAACGAGGGAAGACCUAUCGCAGGUGGCCAACUCUUCCGGAAGUACCUUCUCAACCGCUGCCAAGAAGACCUCGAGCGUGGGUGGGUCGCGAAGGAGGCGACGGCAGUUGCAGCCGCCACAAAGGCACCUGAGGACCGGGCUGCUGAGGCGGCGGCUGAUACAAACCCCAACGCCGACGAGAGUGCCCUUUACUCUGAAGAGUACUACGCCGCGCAGAAGGCAAAGCGUCAGGGUCUUUGUCUCAUCAAGUUCAUCGGCGAGCUGUUCAAGCUGCAGAUGCUUACGGAGCGUAUCAUGCAUGAGUGUAUCAAGAAGUUGCUCGGCAACGUCGAGAACCCUGAAGAGAAGGAGAUUGAGAGCUUGCGCAUGCUCCUGACUAUUAUUGGCCAGUCGCUCGACACUCCCAAGGCGCGCGCCCACAUGGAUGUGUAUUUCUCCCGCAUGAAGGAGUGGUGCAAGAACCCCAACGUCAAGUUGCGUAUGCAAUUCAUGUUACAGGAUAUCAUUGAGCUGCGGGAACGCAAGUGGGUGCCACGCAAUGAGGUUGCUGCCCCGACGACGAUCGCUGCUAUUCACGAGCAGGCUGCCAAAGAGAAGGCUGCACAUGAGAAGGAAACCUACCGACGUACGCUCGGUAUGUCCCGAGGCGGUUACAGACGUAGAGGCGAACGCGGUGAUCACUCUCAGAUCGGUCCCAACGGCUGGGCGGUUGCCGGCGACUUCGCCGGCGACUUCGUGCCGCGAGCACCACCCAAGGCCUGCGACUUAUCGAACUUCGGCAAGUUACGAAAGGCUGCACCCAUGACAUUCGGACCAACGAGCGUCUUCGCGGGCAAGAAGGAGAACAAGAGCCGCGAAUCCACGAUGACUCGCGCUGGUUCACAGAACAUGUUCUCAAAGCUCAUGGAGAAUCCCGAACUCGCGACGGAGGCAGCGUCAUCCAAGUCGAGUCGACCACCAAGCCGCAAGCCCAGCGUCGACUUUGGUGCGGCUGGCGCACCCGAAGCGCCGCGGACGCUUCCAAAUUCGGACGAGACCAAGGCAGACUCUACGCCAACACCUUCAGAGGCUGGCGGGGAUCCACCGAGUGCACCGCCAAUGACCGAGGCAGAAGCCAAUGUAAUGAUCAAAGAAGACUCGAAGGAGUUCUUCAGUAUCCGAGACCUGAACGAAGCGGAGGUCUAUUUCACGAAGUUGCCUUCGGAACACAGGUUCCGAUUGGUAGACAAACUCGUCACGUCCGCUAUCGAGUCGAAGGAAGCCGACGCCCAACUCGUUGCCAGCUUGUUCAGCCGCGCGCUCUCGAGGAAUUCAUGCUCACCGCACUCGUUCGAGGAGGGAUUCAUGCCGACGGCGGAGAUUCUCGAUGAUAUUGCCAUCGACGCGCCGAAGGCCUUCGAUCUGAUGGCAAUUAUGAUGAAGGGCGCUGGUCUGGACAAGGACGAAGAGCGUCGCGCACGGCUUGCCAGCAGUUCGAUAGACAACGAUAAACUACUCGUGCUUCUUUCAUAG